CAUAGCUUACCAAGUCCACUCCUCAAUUUUCCUUCGAUUCUUCCCAUGAUCAUUACCCUAAGCUACCUUAAAAUAUACACCUAUUUCAUCAAACUCUGCUAUUUACUAAAUAAAUUAAACACUGGCUCAUCGGAAGACGAAGAAGAUGCAUAUGAAGCUUGCAUUAAUGGCGGCUCUGUUGAGUUUUGGAUUUGCAGCGACCCCGACAACUCAAAUAGCUUUGCCCGGCUGCCCCGACAAGUGCGGAGACGUCGAGAUUCCCUACCCGUUCGGCGUCGGCGACGACAAGUGUUUCCUGGACGCCGGAUUCAAUCUCACCUGCGACGGAGAUUCGAAGCUCUGGACCACCCAGUUCAACAACGAGGAACUCCCGACCGCUCAAUCCCAAAUUUCCCGAAUUGACCCUGGGAAGGGGACGAUGGAGAUCCUGAUGCCGAUCUCCCGCCUCUGCUUCAACCAGACCGGCGGGACGGUGGCCGACACGCAGCCGCGGCUGGGAGUGGGGCCGACGAGUUUCAGCGUCUCCGGCGACGAGAACAAGUUCUUCACCCUCGGCUGCAACACGUACGGCUACCUGCACAGCAGCAGAUCCCGCGACGACCCUCUGAUGGCCGGAUCCAGCUACUCAGUCGGGUGCAUUUCGCAAUGCGGGUACGGAGAGCCGGACGACAUGGACGUCUGCUCCGGGAUCGGGUGCUGCAAUCUCACCGUUCCGGCGGGGAUGAGGAAGAUCCAAGCCGACGCCUACAGUUUCGGGUUCGAUUCGAAGGUGUGGGGGAACUGCAGCUACUCCUUCGUGGCCAAAAAUGGGUGGUUCAGAUCCAGCGUUGCCGAUCUGUCUGCCCUGCCCUUUAGCUCGUCGCUCUUGGUGGUCGACUGGGCGGUUGGGGAUGAGAAUCAGACGUGCGGCGGCGGCGGAGAUCGUCGGAAUAUCUGCACCGGCGUCAGUAACACGGAGUGUGUCGAGGCCAAGACCAAACAAGGGUAUCACUGUAGAUGCAAAGAUGGUUACGGAGGAAAUCCAUACCUUGGUUGUCAAAAUAUAGAUGAAUGCAAAGAAGGAACCAACUCUUGCCAUGGAAACGCGACCUGCAACGACAUCCCCGGAAACUACACAUGCACAUGCAACAAAGGUUUUGAAGGAGACGGGAGAAAGGAUGGAAAAGGGUGCGUCCCAAAAUCUGGCGGCAAUAAUACCUUGCUAGUCAUUUGUUUGAGUGUGAGUUUGAGCGUCAUAGCAUUGCUUGUACUAAGCUUCUACGUAUAUUGGGGAUCGAGGAAGAGAAGGUUAAUCAAACUCAAAGAGCAAUUCUUCCAACAAAACGGCGGCCUAUUGUUGACGCAGCAGCUCGGCGGCGGCGGCGGAAGCGGCGGAAGAAUGAGAAUCUACACACUGGAAGACCUUAAAAAGGCCACCAACAACUUCGACGAAAAGGCCAUCUUAGGGCAGGGGGGUUUUGGGACUGUUUACAAAGGAACGGUGGGACACGGAGGCGGGGAAGCGGCGGUGGCCAUAAAGAAGUCCAAGAUUUGUGACCAGAGCCAGGUGGCGCAGUUCAUCAACGAGGUUGUCGUCCUCUCCCAAAUCAACCACCGGAACGUCGUCAAGCUCUUGGGUUGUUGCUUGGAGACGCAGGUCCCUUUGCUCGUCUACGAGUUCAUCACUAACGGCACGCUCUCCGACCACCUCCACCUCGACGGCCGCUCCCCUAAGAUGCCGUUCCACACGCGCUUGAGAGUGGCGGCGGAGUCCGCAGGGGCACUUUCGUACUUGCACUCCGCCGCUUCCCCGCCGAUCAUCCACAGAGACGUCAAGACGGCGAAUAUAUUGUUAGACGACAGGCUGACCGCUAAAGUCUCCGACUUCGGAGCCUCGAGGCUCGUCCCUUUAGAACAAACUCAAGAGAAAAAUGCCAACAUAAGAAUAGAAAAACGUGGUUACUACUCUGGUCCAAGGAACGUUUGGGGAGUUGUGUUCGAGCGUCUAUUGGAAGUUGCGGAGAUUGCGAGGCGGUGUUUGAAUGUGAGGAGGGACGAAAGACCGAAGAUGAGAGAAGUGGCUGCGGAGUUGGAGGGAGUGAGAAGUCAUCUUGAGAGGGAUGACCACCCAUGGGGAUUGGGAGGAAAAGAUGAAAUGCCUUAUGAGGAGACACAAUAUCUUUUGAAGGAAACAAAGAUUAUGUCUUCUCCAGUUGGUAAUAAUGGUGGAGAUUCAUCCAUUACUAGUGGUGAAUACUCUGGUUUGCAGAGCAUGGAUUUGAUCUCCAUGUCAUUGAUGAAAGGGGGAAGAUGAGAAUUCUUUUUUUUCUUAGGUAGUAAACUUGUAAUGACUAU